AUGGCUGCAUCCAACUAUACUGCACUUCUCAACACUCAGGAACAACCCAAAGAAUUCGGUGUCAUAGUUGAGUAUCUGCACAAAUGCCUGUUGGCAUAUGCACUUCUUUCUACUUCUCCAAGUCCACAAUCUCUUAUCACUGAAGUCUUUCUGUCAGCAGUUAUCUCCACAAGAGCAAGGUCCAAACAACUUACUGUUGAAUUUAAUCUUUUUCAAGCUACUUUGGUCCUCACUAAAGAAGACUUCGUAGUCAGUUUAGGUCUAAGCGAUAUUCCUCCUACACCUCAAACAUUUUCCACACCAACUUCUGCUCAGUUAUUGACAAUGUUCAAGGAAAUGGGGUAUAAAUUUGAAGACGAACAAGAACCAUGUCUUUCAAGAAUUUGGAAAUCUUGCCUUCCCACACCAUGGCACUUUCUCAGGUCCGUCCUCACUAGAUGUCUAUUCGGAUCAGUUGGUGGACGCAGCAAAGGUAAAACAGACCUUUGGAUUCUUAUGUACGGGCUCUUUUACGACAUCAAUGUUGAUUACACGUCUAUUCUUUGGGAAGAUUUCCUUAAUUUUCUCCCUGCAUCAAAGAAUAAAUUUUUGAUUCAUCAUCCUUGUUGGUGGUCAAUCAUUAUUUAUGACGCCAUCCAUAACAGUAAUCUUGCACCAGGAUGGAUUCCAGAAGGCCCAAAGCCUCAUUUCUCAUGUAUGACGCCAUAUCAGAUUCGUACGACAUCUGAAUCUGGGUCUUCACAACCAAUCAUCAUUCCGGAUUCUAUACUAACAAAGUUGGAUGAAAACAGUGAUUCUCUUUGCUCAUAUCAGAAAUACAUCCAGGGGAUUAUUUCGCCUCCCAAAAAGAAGAGGAAUCAUUCUGAUCAUGCAUCCAAGAAGUCUGCAAAGAAUAAGAAAUCUAAAUCAAUUUCCUUAUUUCACGCUCCAUCUGAUUAUGAUAAACCAUCCUCUUUAGCUCUAGUUUCACCAGCACACGUUCAGUCGGUUCUAGAAAGUCCAAACCAUCAUGGCUCCUUGGAUUAUGACUCACUUAAGGACGAUAACCAAGAUGAUGAUAAGCAAUCCGAACCAGAAAAUAUUCCUCAAGAUUCUCUAGUACAAGAUAAUCCCGAUGACGAUACUCCAAUGCGGACGAUCGAUAUUCCUUCCAGUGAAGGACUAAUAGUCGAUGAUGAGACCAAUGACAUGUCUAUUGUUCUUUACUCCAUUCUAUCUGCCAGGACUUUCACCAUUGAUCUUGAUGAUUACUCUCCUCCAACUCUAAAAGAAUCUCAAGAAAAAGAUGUUAACGAACCAAAUCUCUCAUCCUUUUCACAAGAUCCUCUUCAGGACGACAGUACUCCUAAAGACACAAAUGAGGAUAAUACCAUAGAAACAGAGCCUGCACGCAUCAGACUUACCGCCCAAAUGGUAGCUGAUGGUAUUGUAGAGAUUCGCUUUCACACAUCUUCUCACUCUGAAUAUCUGCAGAACUUUCAAGAAUAUCUUGAAUGUAUGGAAGAAAAUAUGUGUAUACUCAAUGAGAAAACAGAAGCAUGGGUCAAAACACUUCAAGUCACUAUUGAAUAUUUUGAAGGCACAACUGCUUAUAUCAAAGGAAAAGUUGCUCGUAACAUGCGGAGGAUUGAAACUCUAGAUCAGAAAAUUCAUAACACUAUUGAAGCAUGUCUCUCUCCGAUGAAUCAGAAGAUAGAUGACUUCAUACAGUCCUUAUCCAAUCUAGAGUCCGUCUAUGAAGCCAAAUUGGAUCAUAUGCAAAAUCAUGUUACUGCUCAAGACCGCUAUAUCUCCACUCUUGAGAAGUCCAUUGCUGAACUAUCUAAAGCUUCUGCAUCAUCCUCUACCUCUCCCUUUCAGGCCUUCAGUGAGCAAGUUCAAUGUCAUUUGGAUUCGUUAAGCUCUGACAUAGCAAAUUUAUCAAAAUCUAAUUAUGAGAAAAUCAAUAGCUCAUCAGGUGACAUAUCUUCCCUUCAGAAGACUGUUCAGUUGCUAGUCGAUGAAGUCAAGGCUAUCAAGCAACAAUCUUCCUCUUCAGAUCUAUGUGCUCUUCAACAAAAGGUUGCAUCAACUGAUUCCAAACUUGACUUGAUCUUAGCAAAUCUAUAUGGUUCAAAUGAGAGGUUACCUGAACCAGAGGGGGGAAAGGCUCAACAUAACAAAGCCAUGUUAGCUGAGAAAGAAAAGGAGCUCAUUCAUCAACAAGGGAUCAAAGAUCCAUCUCUAAAAGUUCCAAGAAGGAAAGAUGUCCAGUUCUCUAAACCGCUCAUCGUAUCAGAACCAACCACUCAGUCAAAGCUUUCUCACAGUGAUCCCAACGAUAGGGGAAAGCAGAAGAUAUAUUCAAAUCUAAAAAGGAAUUAG